GUUCAGACCUGCACUGUUGAUACAGCUGAACAAACCGAAAGUGGAAGAAUCUCAAGCGUAAGAAACUAAAACUUAAUUUCUAAUGAACAGAAAUCUUUGUGGGUACAAAGAAGAACACUGCCUCUAAAAUGAGUCUCCUUGAAAAGAAAGAGGAGGAGAAUAUUGUUCAUCAGAAACAAGGAUCAACAUCACCAGAGCCCAGUGGUGUGUCUGUAAAGAGUGACCAAUCCAUGACAAACCCCCUUCAGUUUGGUGAUGGAACAGGGACCUUUAACCCUAGAUCAAAGGAAGAUCAGACAGCUUCAUGUUCAGUAUCCAGCUAUGUGUCUACGAAGAGUGAGACAUAUGUACAUCAUCACCGUCAUCUCAGUGAAGGAGCAAUGACCUCUGAUCCUGUAGAUGGUCAGACUGGAGACCUGCAGCAGGAUUCUUACCAACCAGUAGAUGAUGAUCUACACAGAGUCAAAGAUCAACACAAAAACAGCAUGAAGAGAAAGUAUGACAGUUUAUUUGAAGGAAUCAACAUGAGAGAGAAUCAAAUCCUCCUGAACAGGAUCUACACACAGCUUUACAUUAUAGAGGGAGAUACUGAAUUGGUGAAUGAAGAACAUGAGGUUUUACAGAUGGAGAAAACAGCCAGAACACCACACUUGCACAUCACUCCAAUCUACUGCAAUGACAUUUUCAAACCAUUAUCAGGACAUGUGAAAAAAGACAAAAUAAAGGUAGUUCUUACUAAAGGCAUCGCCGGAAUUGGAAAAACUGUCUCUGUGCACAAGUUCAUACUGGACUGGGCAGAGGGAAAAGCCAAUCAGGAUGUAGAUUUCAUGUUUGUGCUUCCAUUUCGAGAGCUGAACUUGAUUCAAGAUCAUCAGUACAGUCUUCAUAGACUUCUGCUUGACUUUCACCCUGAACUUCAAGAUAUGGACUCAAAGAUUUAUGAGGAGUGUAAUGUUGUGUUUAUCUUUGAUGGUCUGGAUGAAAGCAGAAUCACACUGUUUUCAGAGAGUGAGAAAGUUUCAGAUGUUACUGAGACUUCAUCAGUGGGUGUGUUGAUUUCAAACCUCGUGAAAGGAGAUCUGCUUCCCUCUGCUCACAUCUGGAUCACCUCCAGACCUGCAGCAGUCAGUCACAAACUCUCUGGAUACGUUGAACGUGUGACAGAGAUUCAGGGAUUCAAUGAGCCUCAGAAGGAGGAAUAUUUCAGAAAGAGAAUCAGUGACAAGGAACAAGCCAGCAUAAUCAUAUCACACAUUAAAAAAGCAAAGAGUCUCCACAUUAUGUGUCACAUACCCAUCUUCUGCUGGAUUUCAGCCGCUGUGCUACAGCAGCUCUUGAAAGAAGAUCUGAGUGCAGAAAUCCCUCAAACUUUGACAGAAAUUUACAUCCAUUUUCUGCUUACUCAGAUAAAUAUGAAAAAUCAGAAGUAUGAAGAGAAAGAUUCAGGUAAUCUCCUGCAGUCCAACAGAGAAGUGAUUGUUAAACUCGCUGAACUGGCUUUCAAGCAGCUGAUUAAGGGCAAUAUCAUGUUCUAUGAGGAGGACCUGAGAGAGAGUGGCAUAGACGUCACUGACGCCUCAGUGUAUUCUGGGAUUUGCACUGAGAUCUUUAAAGAGGAAUCUGUGAUUCAUCAGAGGAAAGUCUACAGCUUCAUUCAUCUGAGCUUUCAGGAGUUUCUAGCUGCUUUCUAUGUGUUUUACUCCCAUCUAUUGAAGAAUAUGAAGCCAUUUCAGUUGUUUCUUGAUGAUAAGUAUAAGGGCUCUCUUUAUGAACUACUAACAUCAACAGUUGAUCAGACUCUUGUUAGUAAGAAUGGACACCUGGAUCUUUUUCUGCGGUUUCUGCUCGGUAUCUCACUGGAGUCCAAUCAAAGACUCAUGAAAGGUUUACUGACACACACUGAGAACAGCUUAGAAACCAUCAGAGAAACCAUGCAAUACAUUAAAGAGAGAAUCAAGGGACAUACUGAUUUCCCAGCUGACAGAUCUAUCAAUUUGUUCCUCUGUCUGCUCGAAGUGAAUGAUCAAACUCUGUACCAAGAGAUUCAGCAGUUUGUGAAAUCAGACAAACACUCAAAAGUGAAACUGUCUUCUGCUCACUGCUCAGCAAUAGCCUACAUGCUUCAGAUGUCAGAGGAGGUGUUGGAAGAGUUUGAGCCCAUGAAAUACAACGCAUUAGACGAGGGCAGAUGGAGAUUGAUGCCAGCUGUGAUGAACUGCAGAAAAGCUCUACUUGCUGGAUGUGGUAUCACUGAUCAGCACUGUGAAAGUUUGUCUUCAGCUUUACAAUCAUUAAACUCCCCUCUGAUAAUGUUGGACCUCUGUAAUAAUGACCUACAAGAUUCAGGAGUGAAGUUGCUUUCUGAUGGACUGAAGAGUGCACACUGUCAACUGAACAUACUGAGAUUGUCAGGAUGUAGAUUGACUGGUCAGUGCUGUGAAAGUUUGUCUUCAGCUCUACAAUCAUCAAAUUCCCAUCUGAGAGAGCUGGACCUGAGUAACAAUGACCUGCAGGAUUCAGGAGUUAGGCUGCUCUCAGAUGGACUGAAGAGUCCAAAUUGUCAGCUGGAGAUACUGAGACUGGCCUUCUGUAAUCUCACUGGUCAGUGCUGUGAAAGUUUGUCUUCAGCUCUACAAUCAUCGAACUCCUCAUUGAGAGAGCUGGACCUGAGUAAUAAUGACCUACAGGAUUUAGGAGUGGAGAUGAUCUCUGCUGGACUAAAGAGUUCACACUGUCAACUAAACACACUAAGGUUGUCUGGCUGUAUGGUGACAGAGAAAGGCUGUGGUUAUGUGUUUGCAGCUCUGAGUUCAAACCCCUCACACCUAAGAGAGCUGGAUCUGAGUUACAAUCACCCAGGAGAAUCAGUAGUCAAGCUGCUGAGUAAUCCAAACUGCACAUUGGACAAACUUAAUGUGGAUCAUGGAGGAGAGUCCAGGAUUACAGCAGGAGUAUAUAAAUAUGCCUGCAAUCUCACACUGGAUCCAGAUACAGCAAAUAAUGAAUUCAUUCUGUCUGAGGAGAACAGAAAGGUUACAUAUGUGGAAAAAGAUCAGUCAUAUCCUGAUCAUCUUGAGAGAUUUGUUGUUUAUCAGAUUCUCUGUAGAGAGAGUCUGACUGGACGCUGUUACUGGGAGGCUGAAUGGAGUGGAGUUGAGGCUGUUUUAUCAGUGACAUAUAAAGGAAUCGUCAGGAAAGAACGGAGUAGUGACUGUAUGUUUGGACGCAACAAAAACUCCUGGAGCCUUUUGUGCAGUGAAGGCCGUUUCAUUGCCCGUCACAAUAAUAAUUCAACUGACAUAUCUGCUCCCUCAUGCUCCUCUAAAAGAGUAGGAGUGUAUUUGGACAAGUCAGCCGGCACUCUGUCCUUCUACAGCAUCUCUGACACAAACACACUCACACACUUGCACACAUUUAACAACACAUUCACAGAGUCCCUCUAUGCUGGAUUUGGGGUUUAUUAUUUAAACUCCUCAGUGUCUCUGUGUGACAUAAACAGCCUCUAUAAAGAGCCUUCUGUUGGAAACAAGACAAAUACACACAUAAGCAGGUUCUCCAACCCCAAACCUUCUGAGCCCAAUCUUCACCCACUGCUUACCUGUCAGUCUUGCAUCAAUAUAGUUGAUUCUGAUCAAUGGGUUCAGAUUGAGCCAUUAAUCUAUACAGAGGAAGGCAUGUCAAAGUUCGGGGUCAGCACUGUACCAGGCCGCUAUGAGUGUAUCAGGACCAGAAUGCGAUGGGUCUGUGACUGUGAGGUCACCUUUCAGUAUCAUGUCGUAGACGGUCAGUUCCUCAACACACAGCUGAAGAAUCUUCAGUAUAACCGAAUCGGUCCAGUGAUUGAUGUGACACUGAUCUCAGGCAAACUGGAAGAAGUUCAUCUGCCCCAUUAUGUCUGUUUAGGAAAUUCUGACCCCUCUCUCAAAGAUGCUGUGAAAGUCCUCAGCGUAAAAGAUGAGGGAAUAUAUGUAGAGCCUGUGCAGUUGACCCGAUUUCAUGCUAAAAUUGUCCAACCAUCAUUCUCUCUUAAAACGUUAAUUAUAAGUUGGAUAAUGCAAUGGGAUGAACACUGUGAUCUUCUUCUGUACAUGUGUUCUAAAGAUCCUCUCAUUUUACAUGUCUACUUUUUUCCACUUGAUAAACAUUUGAAAGAAGCUGUGGAAAAAGAAGAAAAAUCAAGCCAUCCAAUCAGCCAUCCCAGACCUGACAAGGCAUUUCGGAUGAAGACUCCACACUUUCUUAAUGUUCCUGGUGCCUCUGUCCAUCCCAAAGAAGGGAUCACACUCAGAAGAGAUACUGUCCCAAAUUUCUUCAAGGUCAAGAUGCAUCUGGAGAAUGAUCUUGAAAUGAGCCUUACAAGAGAUGAGGAUCAUGCUCGGGACUGCAACAUUGUCUGGACUGCAACAAUUGAGAAAGAUGAACUUGAUCAGAUAAAUCCAAAGAAAGAUGAGCAGCAUCUGCUUCUGAAUAGUGAUAAGGAUAAAGCAGCAUUUUUUGAUAACAAUUUUGCAAAUCUUGUUCAGAGGGUUAUGAAUGUUAAGAUUGUUGCAGAUCAACUGCUUCAGCAGGACAUAAUUCACAAGGAACAAUAUUCACAAAUCACACAUGACAAUUUAACCAGUGCGGACAGCAUGAGAAAGAUCUGUGACAUUAUGCGUAAGCACAGCGUCACUGUGAAAGCUAAAUUAAUCACAAUUCUUCAAGAUGAGAAGCUUUAUGACUUCAGAACAUCUGUCUGAUUCUACACCUCAAGUGCAAGGUGACUGUAUUAAAAACUGCCUACAAGCAGUGAUGAAGAGUCUUGUAUUAAUGUCGCUUACUAUUCAAAUGUCAGAUGAGAAGUGGCCCAUUGAGAAGAGUAAAAGGGCCAAGAACUACAUAUAUCUCCCCCUCUGCCUGCUCAAGUGUUGGCAUACUUCCCAGUUUCUGGGUGCAACAUGUACUUAUUAGUUUUUAACAGACACGUAGGAGGUAAGUCAGCCUUGCAUAUAAAGCUGAUUAUCUGUUACACAGUGUGAGAAGAAUAAAGACUGAAAAUAUUAAAAAGCAUAAAUAUUCCCACAAGAGCAACUGCAGAUAAACCCAAAGUUUUUUAUAGUGAUGAGACAGAAAAACUACUUUGACAGAAAUUAAAUGUCUUUCAGAUUGUAAUUGCUAGUAACAUUACAAAAAAAUCCCCAUAUGAUAGGGGACAUUAGGGUCAGAUGUGCCUAAUUUUAGAAAAGGCCAGUGAUGUACAGCCACCUGUGAUUUGAUGAUGAGUAUAAAAAAAACCUCAUAAAUACUCAUAAAUUGUUGAAGACCUGCUGUUAACAAGCUGAAUCACUGAAGGAAAGAACAACAAAAGCACAAAUAAAAGAGAAGAGAUGAACAGAAACACUAAAACUGACUUACACACACAGCCUUAGAUGACAUCAACUGCAAUGAUAGCUGCUAGCAAGCCCGAUGACAGAAAGCUAGCAGCUUGAUGACAGUAAUUAGGAGUUAUUUUUUCUAGAUCAAAGGGUUCAGAAAGGCUCAAAGGGGAUACACACUGUUUUUUUUUUUUAAAGUUGGCAUCAAGCAGGUGUUGUGUGCAAACUGUUCUCCUAAUCAUUGCUCUGUUGUAUAGUUUGUUUUAUUGUGUGAAAGAGCCAACUGAAGGACAUUUGAAAUUUUUGAUGCAAGAAAGUGGAAACGUGAAAAACUUUUUCUUCGGAUUGAAUGUUGUAUAGAAUAUUGUAUAUUUUUCAUUUGUGGUCAGUUCUGUGUAUGAGGAAGAGGGGAACAAAUUGGAAUUAGAGUUACUAUUAUAUUUUUGUGUUUACUUUUGUCCAGUGAUAUACAUCAAUGUCCCGGUCCCAACAUGAGAGAAAAAUCAACAGCGAAGCCUUGGCGUUAUGAAGUUUUUUUUACUUGGAUGUGUGGGUCUAGUCCAUUAUUUAUUAACGGUCAAGUUCCUCCAUGCCUGUGUUUGUUUGUUAGCUUAGCAUGCUAUCAUACAGAAUGUUUUAAUUCUGUUGUUGUAACGUGGACGCUGAGGCGGCGUUAGAAUCCAAAUGCAGAAGUUUAUUACAAACAACAGCAAACAUACACGUGGAAACAGGCAGAGGGUCAAAUGCCGUGAAGUCAGUCCAAUAAAGCAAACAAUCCAAAAGGGGUAAUCCGUAAACUCGAUAUCCAGAGACAAAGCAAGACAGCAACAGGUAAUCAGACAGAGUAAUAACAAAAGCUUGGUAAGGCAGGUAAACUGGCAAUACUUCACAAAGUAUGGAGCACAUGGUCAGUCUUUAAAUAGUCCCAAACAGGAAGUAACAGUAGAAGCAACAGAGGGAGCGUGCAGGCAGUACUAGGGUGAGGGCUCCCUCUGCUGGCUUGGCAUUACAGUUGUAUACUAAAUAUAAAUAUUUAAUAUGAAUAGUGUCAACUGCUAGAUAAAAUUCGAAAGUUUACACAACUAAAACAGUUUGCAACAAAUUAAUACACUAAUAGCUUAUCGUUUUCUUCUCAGUAUUUGACAUUUACAGUUUACAUUGACAGUUACCGAGUUAUUGCACAAAUCAGAAAUUGUACAGUUGUGAUUAAUGCAGACCCUCUUAGCCUACCUUUUUGUCAGUAGUGGAUAUUUCUAUAGAAGUUUGUGGAUCUAAGAAUAUCACCAGUAGUUACCAAAUUGUGUCACAAAUCU